AUGCUCCGGGUCAAACUACGUUUCAAGCAGAAAGCUAACAAGAAAGCAAUAGCGGACAACCGCCAAACCCCUUCGCUCACAGACCAGGAGCUAGCGGAGACCUCUACAGACGGGGAGCUCGAGGACCUGACCGCUGUACGGGUCAGAUUUGGCCUACGGGCCCGGAUUCGCGGUAUACUUGUGAAGGAGACACAAGCUAUCCUAGAUUUUCGUCAUUUUCUGGACAACCUCAACCAGUAUGCGUUGUCAUCAGCAUACGUCGAAUACCUAUACAGCAUGUUGAGGCGGCGAUGGGCAGUCGUUCUUGGGUUUUUCGCGCGUCUACGUGAGCAGGAAGACCAUGACAAUGCGACAAUGCGAUGGUGGCAGGAGUAA